AGUGUGUACCUUGAUCUUCCAUCUCUGGCAUUGAAAAUUAGCUGAGAUGGAAGGAAAAGGUUACACUCUAGAUGGCACUGUGGAUCUUGCUGGACGGCCUGUGCUUUCUUCUCUAACUGGGAAGCAGAAAGCAUGCACUUACAUUCUUGUUUACCGUGUAUUGGAAAGAUUCGCCUACUAUGGGGUAGGAGCAAACUUAGUGAAUUUUAUGACAACCCAACUCAACAAAGACGUGGUAUCAUCAAUAACCAGUUUCAAUAACUGGAGUGGCUUGGCUACGUUGACCCCAAUUCUUGGUGCUUACAUAGCAGAUACUUACACUGGCCGCUUUUGGACAAUCACUUUUUCCUUGCUCAUAUAUGCCAUAGGUCUUGUGCUUCUGGUCCUGACAACUACACUAAAAAGCUUGAGACCAGCAUGUGAAAAUGGAAUUUGCAGAGAAGCAUCUAACUUACAAGUAGCAUUGUUCUACACAUCACUAUACACAAUAGCAGUUGGAAGUGGUGCUGUAAAACCCAACAUGUCAACUUUUGGUGCUGACCAAUUUGAUGAUUUCCGCCAUGAAGAAAAAGAGCAAAAAGUUUCAUUCUUCAAUUGGUGGGCAUUUAAUGGAGCCUGUGGCUCUCUAAUGGCAACUCUGUUUGUGGUGUACAUUCAAGAGAAAAAUGGAUGGGGUUUGGCCUACAGUUUAUCUGCUAUUGGUUUUCUACUUUCCUCUAUUAUCUUUUUUUGGGGUUCCCCAGUUUACAGGCAUAAAUCCAGACAGGCUAGGAGUCCUUCAAUGAACUUUAUCAGAGUCCCACUUGUUGCUUUCAGAAAUAGGAAACUCCAGCUUCCUUGUAACCCUUCAGAACUGCAUGAGUUUCAGUUGAACUAUUACAUUAGUAGUGGCGCAAGAAAAAUUCAUCACACUUCUCAUUUCAGUUUCUUAGACAGGGCAGCAAUAAGAGAAAGCAACACAGAUCUCUCAAAUCCCCCCUGCACAGUGACUCAAGUAGAGGGAACCAAGCUUGUCUUAGGCAUGUUCCAAAUAUGGUUACUGAUGCUAAUUCCCACCAACUGCUGGGCACUAGAAUCAACCAUUUUCGUCAGGCAAGGCACAACAAUGGACAGAACACUUGGCCCCAAGUUCCGUUUACCAGCAGCUUCACUCUGGUGCUUUAUAGUCCUCACCACCCUCAUCUGCCUCCCCAUCUACGACCAUUACUUCAUACCGUUCAUGCGCCGAAGAACCGGCAACCACAGAGGAAUCAAAUUGCUCCAGAGGGUCGGCAUCGGAAUGGCCAUCCAAGUCAUAGCCAUGGCAGUUACUUAUGCUGUAGAAACUCAAAGAAUGAGUGUCAUAAAGAAGCAUCACAUAGUUGGGCCUGAAGAAACAGUUCCUAUGAGCAUAUUCUGGUUAUUGCCUCAAAACAUUAUACUUGGUGUUUCAAACGCUUUCCUUGCCACUGGGAUGCUAGAGUUUUUCUAUGAUCAAUCUCCAGAGGAAAUGAAAGGCCUUGGCACAACAUUGUGCACGAGCUGUGUAGCUGCUGGGAGCUACAUUAACACCUUUCUAGUGACUAUGAUUGAUAAACUGAACUGGAUUGGGAACAACCUGAAUGACUCUCAUCUAGAUUACUAUUAUGCCUUUCUUUUUGUGAUAUCUGCUCUUAAUUUUGGUGUCUUUCUGUGGGUGUCAAGUGGGUACAUUUACAAGAAGGAAAAUACAAGCACAACUGAGGUGCAUGAUAUUGAGAUGAGCGCAGAGAAGACUGUGAAGUACUGAAUUAUUGUUUGGAAAUUGGAAUAGCUUUCAACAUAGGCAUCUUGUUAUAAGUAUCCAUCGACAUGUCCAAAAUGGAAACCGAGUUAGUAUGACUCUCUAGCCAUGAGUUUGUUGCUGAAGCUUAACUAAUGAUGUCUCAGAAACCUGAAUUUGUCUCACUCAAAAUGUACUUAAAUAAAUUUUUGGCCCAAAAUGGGAGGAUUAGAUUAGCUUAACUUCAAAAAAUAAAGGAACCUGAUGUUUUGGGUUUAAUGAAUCCUUUAAGGUAGACAAUCUUGUACGAGACAGGAACAUUCACAUUUUGUCGGGGCUAACUCUCCCAUCAACACUUGAUUGGCUCCAUAGAAAACAUUCAAGGAACAAAAUUGAAUGUAGUCUAAAUUAAAUUGAUUAAAUGUGCAAUUGAAAUAAUAAUUAUAAAGAUUACAUGUUUGUUAUACA